UCAUGCCGCAAGCACGGACGACGGCUGGACGCGUGGGAGCUCAGGUGUCGCUUGUUAUUUUUGGUCGUCCUGAUCUCACUCGGAGUAGUGACCUUGCUGCAAUCAUUACAGACAACACACAGCAUUCAUGACAUCCCGUUGUCAAUCAAAGGACAUAAAAUCGGAGGUGGUACUGGAACGAAACACCGUCCAGCUCAAUCCGUCCGCAUCAAGAAAGUGUCGGCACUUUUCGGCGAGCCGAACUAUCUCUAUGAAGCGGCCAUUGCAACUCACGAACGACACAAUGCUUUGCAUGGCUACAAGAUGCAGGUUCUACGAGAGCGUAUCCAUGCAAGCUUNUUGGCCAAGCCGGCGUAUCUCAUGUCUGUUCUCGUAGAAGAACUGGCCAAGCCAUGGGACCAGCGCAUGCAGUGGCUCGCCUGGGUUGACCCGGACACUGUUGUGCUGAACCAGCAGAUUCCAUUGGAGCUCUUCAUGCCCCCUCCGGAUGAGGAAAUCAAUUUGAUCGCAACCCACGACGAUGACGGCUACUUCAACGGAGGUGUUUUCUUCUUGAGAGUCGACACCUGGUCUCUGGAGUUUUUGAUACAGGUGCUUGCGGUGCCUCUUACGGACAGAAAGCAUCACGUCUCGCUGAACAAGGAUCAUGCGGCGCUCGAACAGAUCAUGGAGAACCAGAGAUUCCGCAACAGAGUGACCUACCAACCGCGACUCUGGUACAAUGCCUUUGACUACAACAAGACAUACGAAGGUGACUCUGGAGACCUGAUGGUGCACCUCCUUGACCUGGGCGGAGACAAAUGGGCCAGGAUGGACAAGUAUCUGGGCAACGUGACGAGCAAGAUCAACCCGCACGAGGUGCCACUGCAGCAGACGAUGUACGAGACGCAAGUGCAAGGGUUCUGGAGGAGAAUGGCAGACUCACGCAAGAUCCUUAAGGAGGCAAAGGCAAAGGAGAAGGGCCAUGAUAGUAUCAAAGAAGCGGCGAGAAGGUUGCGAUUCGCGUUGGACUUUGAGACGGACAAUGAAAUGGUGAUGAGAGGAGCGUACGAUUCGUUGCUAAGGGCAUUGUACGAGAACAAGUAA